CACAGAUUCAGCAUGAUUACACACAAUGUUGACGCAACGAUGAUAGCCUCUUGCAUAAUGCAUAUACCGACACACAUUGGUGUCCCGUUCAAGUGCUGAAUGGACCCAACAUUACUCUGCAUGCAGCAUGCGGCAUUUCUUCUUCCCUUUUCUUCCUUUUUUUCUUUCUUUUUUCUUCUCUUUCCAAGGGGCCAUCAUCCAUUCGAAACUGCCCUGAAAUCCGCAGCGUGGAGCAAACUUGCAUUAUGCAUUUCCCGCUCUAGACACGCGGGACAUACCUUUUCCUCUUUUCUUUAUUCUUCUGUGGGAACGGGGGCCGGCAAUAUUGCCUUUUCUUUUUGUCUUUUGGACUCUCAGAGGGCCUUGGGAGUUUGGGCCAGGCAAGGGCUUUCUUUGGAUCAGACUGUGAACAUUGGGUACAAGAUUGGCCAAAGUUGGCGGGAGAUAUAGUCUCAAGUCUUCCUGUCAGGGCAGACAGAUGAGCAUUCAGUCGUCCAUGGUUUUGUGGCAUCUGCAGGAAAUCUUGAGCCAAGUUACUGAUGAGGAGAAACAUCAAGUCGGACUGCCUGAUGGUGGGUCUUUUGGUGUGCGUUUUGGCUUGGCUUGGAUGAGAUGAGGAAAGAAGUUGACAGCUGGUGAUCAGGUUGCAACUUUUGAUCAUAUCUACUUUAGCAAAGACGAUGACACUUGCAUUCUAUAGCAAAAGGAAAAACUCAUCAAUC